AUGAGGUCAAAGUUCAAGGACGAGCACCCUUUCGAAAAACGCAAGGCAGAGGCAGAGCGUAUUCGACAGAAGUAUCCAGAUCGUAUUCCUGUAAUCUGCGAGAAAGCAGAUAGAACGGAUAUCCCGACUAUCGAUAAGAAGAAGUAUUUAGUACCAUCGGAUCUUACUGUGGGGCAGUUCGUCUAUGUUAUCCGGAAACGAAUCAAGCUCGCACCUGAGAAGGCUAUCUUCAUCUUUGUGGAUGAGGUAUUGCCACCUACCGCCGCGCUUAUGAGUGCGAUAUACGAGGAGCACAAGGAUGAGGACAAUUUCCUGUAUGUCAGUUAUUCUGGAGAGAAUACGUUUGGGUCAGAGGGUUGGGUGGAGCUGCCGAUGGAUGCAUGA